CUGUGGACUCAGAAAGUGAAGCGCUGGAGUGACUUUCUUAUCUUCUCAGCCUCCAGGACUGUAUUCCACCACAACAGCGAUGCUGUUAUUCAGCUCCUCAGAAGCUGCUUCACUUGCACUCUUGGUCUGACACCUACCUCCCAACUCUGCAGUUAUGGGGGAGUGGGCGCACUCCUUGGCCAUGGUUUCGGGUCUCGCUACUCUGGUGGAAUCUCCACAGCUGCCCCAGGAAUCUUGUACAUAAAAGUGCACCGGUCAAUCAGAGAUGUCAUGUUCCUGACAGAAGAAAUCCUCUCGCUUCUGAUGUUCUCUGUUAAGAGCAUUGCCACCAGGGAGCUACCAGCUGAGCAAGCAGAGAAACUGAAGAAAACGAAAGAUGGGUCAAGGUAUGGGAUUGGGCAGGUUUCACUUUCUCUGGCAAUGACACGUGUCAAGCUGGCAGCUUCACUGGGAGCCUCUCUUGUGUGGAUCUCCGGUGGCCUAAACCUGGUUCAGGCUCUGAUCAAGGAGACAUUACCAUCUUGGUUCAUCUCGGUUCACGGAGAAGAAGACGAUUUGGGAGGAAUGGUCCCGAUGCUAAGAGGUUAUGCGUUGGCUUACUUUGCAAUCCUGAGCAGUGCAUUUGCUUGGGGAGUGGACUCCUCAUCUCCUGCCUCAAAACGCCGGCCAAGGGUUCUGUGGCUGCAUUUGGAGUUUUUGGUGAGUGCAUUGGAAGGGAAGAUAUCACUGGGCUGUGAUUGGGCCACAUGGCAAGCUUACGUGACCGGUUUUGUGAGCCUGAUGGUGCAAUGCACGCCGGCUUGGGUGCUAGAGGUGGAUGUUGAAGUAAUUAAGAGGCUAAGCAAAAGUCUGAGGCAGUGGAACGAGCAAGACUUGGCUCUUGCUCUACUAUGCGCGGGCGGCCUUGGGACAAUGGGUGCAGCGACUGAACUCAUCGUGGAGACUU